UUUGCAUUCUUGCAUGUGCCGAUACCGAAGGUGAAACAGGGCGAUUCUCAGUACUCUGAUCCUUUGAAGUUUGUCCACAAAGGUCGUGAGGUGAUCAAGAGGAAACGGAGCUCCUUCGGUGUAGUCCUCACAGGGAAGCUACUUGAGAUCAUGAAAAAAUGUAGAAACGCAGAGGUAGUAGCAAAGCACAUCAGCAGGACAUUGAGAAACUCAAGCAUGGUCAUCUCCAACGUUAUGGGGCCAAUGGAGAAAUUGUCUCUGGGUAAUCAUCCUGUUAAAGGCUUGUACUACACAGUCGCCGGCACACCUGAGAGUCUCAGCGUAACGAUCUUCAGCUAUGCGGGAAAUCUGAGAGUAGCUGUGCAAGCUGAGCAAGGCUUCAUAGACUCCGAGCUCUACACCCGCUCGCUGCACACCCGCUCGCUGCUUGAUGCUUUUGACAUGAUCUUUCACGAUGCAUGUGGGAAGCAGUAGAAGCCAUUCCCAUUCCUAUUAUUCCACUGUGCAACGCCUUCUAUGAAACCCUAAUUCUAUUUCCCUUGUUUUUGGCAAUGAUAUUGUUCAAGUGGAUGAAUCGAGAAAUCGAGUCUUGGGGAGCCAAACUAAUCCCAAAACGAGGUCUCAAGUUAAAAAUUUAACGCGUGACUUGUUAUCGCUAUUCCUGUUAA